UGUGCGAGAGCGAACGCUGCCUGAACACACUGCCAUGUCUGAGGACAGGUUCUCCGCUAUGGAUGAAGGCUCUCUCCGCAAGCUGCUGGAGGUUACCCUGGAUCUUGCAGAGCGUCGAGAAAUCCGAACGGCUAUCAGAGAGCUGCGGCGGAAAGAGUUGGAAAGAUGCGAGGAGGCACUGGCUUCUAAGCGCUUCCGAUCAGAGAGAACUAAUGAGCAGGAGGACAAGGAGAAUCAGCCUGGUGCUGAGCAAGAUGAAAAACAACAGAGAGCGCUCCAUGCCCUGGCAGGAAGGAUACAGGACAUCAGUGACAUAGAAGAACUGACAGCACUGCUCAGAGCUUCCAGUGAGUACGAGGAAAGGAAACUCAUCCGGGCUGCGAUCAGGAAAAUCCGAAAUGCCGAAAUUGAAGCUGCAUCUCUGUCAGGCACUCUGGUCAGUUUCAGCAGAGACCGCGAUAAUGGAACUGUACUUUCCAGUGGCAUGGAGAGGAAUCGAGACAGCGUUCCUUCCUUGGUGCAGGAGAAAGGGGAUCUGGAAGAAAGGCAGAGGAUUAAGGCUCAAAUCCAUGAAUUGCGAAGCACUCAGAAUGGUAGAAGCCACACAACAGAAACUCAAGAUGUUACAGAUGUACCCUCAGAUUUACUACUGCAUUUCAGUGAUCCUGCCAAGAAACAGUCAUCAAGUUCCUCCUCUUCUUCAACAUCGUCAGAAGCCGCAAAUGUAUCUGAAGUUAUAGAGCACAGCACAUGCAGUACAGACUCUGAUCCUGAAGCUACAUCACAAAACGGCAGAAACACACAGUUCAAAGAGCUUUCUGUACAGAACAAUGACUUGCAGGACGAAAAACAUUCAAAUAUAUGUGAACAAGAGGGCCCCCUGCAUCUGAAUUCUGUGGUGGAUGAAAAACCUAGAAUAGAACCACUUGACAAAGUUGCUAUUCACACCAGUACUAGGCUGGGAGCUGAUAACAAGCAAACCUUUCCUGGGGAUAAAGCACCAGAGACUUCCAGUGAGCCAGAUGGCAAAGUUCCUCUCUCUCCAUUUCGACGAGCUAACUCUGUGCGAGAUAGAGUGAAGAAAUUUACAGAGGAGCCACCAGGAACGCAGCUUAGUUUGGGUCCUAGAUUUGGCAGCAUGCGUGGUGAGAGAGUCCCAGCUAGAGGUGGACAUGCACAGGUUUCUGCCAACCAACAAAAUGGUCAAAGCAUUCAGAAGGGGAUACAUGAUGAAAAAGCAAACGUUAAACCUGGGCUUCUUCGUACAGUUUCAGGGCCCAGUGGCAACAAAGCAGAUCAGAGUGUUGGAGCUGGACCACAGAGUGCUUGCAAAACACAAACGUUUAAAUUCCCUUCCAUACCUGAACUGAAGAGCACCAGGAGCACGUCCAUAAAAGGAUUCCCUUCUCAUAGCUCUACAGGACUCUACACGUCCUCCGGGGAAGUGAGCAGGAGAUUUCCCCAAAGUCAGAGUUCCUUCAUCCCAAAGCAGAGUGAUGGGAGGAGUCAUGUGGACCAAUUGCACAUCCCCCAAUCUACAACAGAGGGGGGGAAACAAGUUCAAAACAGAGAUGGGACAAUUAAAUCAUCAGAGGAGCAGGGCAGUACUGAGCACUCCACAGCACCUCUCUCCACAUCUGCCACAGAGGCACAGGGUGAAAAGCAGGACGCUGGCAUGAAGACACUCCUCACCAUAGAGAUCAAAGAUGGGCGAAAUCAAACCACAAGUAGCCGCAUUGUGGGCCAGCCGGGAAACCAACGUGCAGAGCUAACCUUGGGGUUGACAGCAUCACCUUUCAGAAUCACCGGCGGGGUCAAUUCAAGUACCACUAGUGUGGGUAGCGCUAGCAGUACGAGCAGUAUUAGCACAAGCAGUGGAGCCAAUGCACACAGCAAAACUAAUAAAAGCAGCGUUUCUCUUGACAGUGGGAUCAGUACAAGCAUUACAAGCAAGGUAGAUUCAGAUGUGACUCCACAGCCUCCUCAACAGGUCGACAUAUUCCUGCCAAGCACUACUGAAAACGUGAAGACCGAAAUAAAGAAAAAGUUGACUGCAGAGGAGCUGAGAGCUAUAGAAGAGGAGGACAUUCUUGAUAAAUUGUUGGAUAAGACCUCUGACUAUGAGGAGAGGCGGAUGAUCAGGACAGCCAUGAGAGAGCUACGGCAGAGAAAGAGAGACCAACGAGAGAAGGAAAGAGAGCAGCGCUUGCAGGAGCUAAAGAACAAGGAGGGAGAGUCGAGGCUUGCAAGAAGCACAGAGAAGCACGGAUCUGCUGUCAGCACCAUCACCAAAACACAAAGACUUGUGCAGUCAAAUGAUGGCAGCAAAACCUCUAGGACGACGACAGUGGAGGCCAGUUACAUGAAGCGAUCAGAGAAUGGGGGCACCAUUCUCCAGACAAAGUCCUCCUUUAGCACCACGUCAAAAAAAGUAGGCAGCAUUUUUGAGCGUGAAGAUGAUGGGCUUUCUAGAGCCAAUAACGUGACUGCUAUGGAGAGACGUCAAGCAGAACGGAAGAAGGAACUAAUGAAAGCCCAAAGCCUCCCCAAAACACCAGCAACACAAUCUCGCAAAGCCAUGAUUGAGAAGCUGGAGAAGGAGAGUGGAAGCCCCUCCAAUCCAUCUUUUGCCAAAGUUGCCACACCACGCUCAUCUGCUUUUGGUGUUCCCAAUGCCAACAGCAUAAAGCAAAUGUUAUUAGAUUGGUGCAAAGCUAAGACCCGUGGCUAUGAGCACGUGAAUAUCCAGAACUUUUCCUCCAGCUGGAGCGAUGGGAUGGCAUUCUGUGCUUUGGUACAUAACUUCUUCCCUGAAGCAUUUGACUACAACCAGCUCGCUCCACAAAAUCGGAGGCAGAAUUUUGACCUGGCAUUUUCAGCUGCAGAGAUGCUGGUGGACUGUGUUCCCUUGGUGGAGGUUGAGGACAUGAUGAUCAUGGGAAAGAGGCCGGAUUCAAAGUGUGUCUUCACCUACGUCCAGUCCUUGUACAACCACCUUCGGCGGCACGAGAUGCGUAUGCGAAAUAAGGAAUUUUAAUAAAUCCUUCUUCCCGUUUUACCCUGACACAGCACUAUCUGACUAGCACUUGCAGUAAUACUGCAUGUCUUCACAUUCUGUAAAUCACAAAAAAACGGACGCUUCCAGGAAUGAAAUUGUAGCAUGAAACAUUUGAACCCUAGAAGUUUACUGACUGUACAUUUUUUCUAUGUUCUCUUUGCUACAUCUAACAUGGUCUCCUGCUUUCAACACGUUGUCCUGGAGGAGAUCUCUGCAAUACAAUGCUGUGCAAUAUGUUUGAAGUCCUGUCGUAGCGCAACGGUCAGGUUAACUAGUGCUGUGCCAGAGGAUCCUGUUAUUGCCUCAAAUGCCUUCCCCCUCCCUACCACAAAAUUAAUAUAUUUAGAUAUUAUAAUUAUAAAUUGCAUCAGGUAAAUCCUGGCCCUUUAAAAUUUCACAGCCACAAGCUUUACAAAGGACAGCGACAAAGAUCUCAAGUUCUGGGUUUUCUUUAGGUUCCACUUCCAACAAACACAUCAAUGCUUCAGUUUCUUCAACAAAGCUGUGUUGCUUUUUGCAAAGUAUUUUAAUGGACCAUCUAAGCAAAUAUAGUGUGGGUUUAUUAUCAUUGCAAUGUAUGUAUAACCGCGCCCAUCACAUUUUAUUAGUAUUUUUUGUGCACAGUUGCAAGUUGCAGUGUGACGUUUUUAGUUGUAAAAUUAUCAAACUAAUGCUCAGAGGAACACAGCUUGCUUAUCCUGCAAACCGUAAUAAAUUGCACAUCCAUAGGACCCAUUAAGUGGGAAAACAUCUAGUUUGUGUUAAUACAGGUUUUAAAAUGUGUUCGGGCAUAUUUUAACACUAAUGGACAAAAAAAAAUGAUUGUGUGUUUAUUGCACUUUUAAAAAUACAAUUUACUCCUUUCUUACAAUUGUAUUGUCAUUUGGGUUUCUGUUAUUCCUCUAUAACAGAGGGCAUCAGAACUGAGACACUUUGCAAAUAAUAUAGUACAAUUUGUACUCUUCUAUAAACCGGUCUAGGAAUUUUGACAUCAUGGUAUAUAAUAGGAAAAAAAAACGUUUUGCUAAUACUGGCCGUGAUAAUAGCUGAUCAAUAGCUGCUGUUACACAAAUCAUUACAUACAAGGAGAUGGCUUUACGUAAGUUCUGAUGGCACUACCAUAUUACCUUAAGUGGCUGAAGUAUAGAGCAGAUGUAUGGUUUAUGUUCAUGGGUUGCAUAAGCACACUUUAUAAAAAUUGUUAGACCAUAUGUAUAAGAGGGAAUCUCAAUCUCUCACCACAAAAAAAUGUUGGCGCAGUUCCUAGAACAGAAUAAACGUCUUUGUAUGUUGUAAUAGCAAAAUUGCUCCCAAAUGCAUAGACCAUAGAUUGAAUGGGUUUUAAUUCACCUCUAACAUGCUCCAUGUUGACAAGACACGCAACGCAUGGAAUCAAAGGUAUGUGUAAGAUUAAAUUCAAAAGUAAGUACAUAACAAAUGAGUGCUUGCAUGUACUUUCUUUUUUUCUUUCUUUUUUUUUAUAUCUUUCAUUAUAGAAAAAGUGAAAGGAUCACAACGAAUCAAAGAUGGACAAAACUUAAAAUUUCCAUUUAUUUUAUUGAAUGAAAAUCUUUGUAACAUAUGUAGGUAGGGCUGAUUUAUUUAACCCUAUUGGUAUUCAUGAGUGAGAGUUGGAAUAUUGCUAAUCAUAUACAACACUGUAAUAAGAACUUCUACUAAAUCAUUGGGUUUUUAUUAAUGGUGUACCGUUGUGCCAAACAGUGUGUGAAUGUAGACCAUGCAUAACUUGUACUUGCAUCAAACAAAUCGAUCCAGAGGAAGUGUUGUUGGUCAUAUAGGAAUGUUAGAUAUAAUGGUGAAUAAUUUAUUGUAUACUAAAUACAUUCAAAUCUUGCAAAGUAGAUGCAACCAAUACAUUUUUAAAUAUUGUUUAAAGAAGACCAUUCUCUCCAAUAUGUUACAAAUGGGCUGCUAACGUUUGAAUCCGGAUUUUCAUGUUUUUUAAUUCACUUUUCAUUUAAUCCUAAGGAUGCCAAAUGUGUAGUGAGGAGUGCUCAAUGAUGGAGUAAAUGAUUUCAAACACAGUGCAAAACAUUUUUUUCUAUUCCAAAUGUUCAAGGUUGCAGCUCCAGAGCCAAUUGAAAGUCUAUACAAUAAGCACAAUUUGACCAUAAAAGCUACAUUCUAGGCACUAUAACCAUUUCAUAUUAAAGUGGUUAUAGUGCCUUUAGCCCCUGGCAUCACCCCUGCAUUCAAUUUUAAACCAUUUUAGAAUUUAGAAUCUCUGGCAGCCCUCCACCUGGCCUCCUCUGGGCUAAGGCAGAGUUUACACUCUUCCCUAGUCAUACUAAUCCGAUCAGGAGCAAUCAGCUGACACUCCGCUAAUCACACAGUUCAU